UUAAUGCUAUUCCACAUCAACUUCAUAAAAGAACUACUGCUUUUGGAGACUGCACUUUAUUACCUGGAGUUCCUACUUCAGACCUACUCACUGUAACAAUUUCACCUGAUCCUGUCGUCCCUGGAAAAAACGACACUUUUACUGUUAAUGGAAAACUAACGAAACCCAUUACCUCAAGUGACACGCUUGUUAUUAUAUUUGAAAAAAGUCUUCCUGAUCCUCCUAUUCGUAUAGGCAAUUACUUUAUUGCGCAAAUUCCAACUGGAACCACAGUUAAUGUAACAGAGAAUGUUCCGGUGCCAUCCCUAUUACCUUCAAGAUACACUAUUUCAGUUGGUAUUUUAGGCCCACCAGGUCUUAAAGGCUGUGCAGCAGCUUUUGUUCACG